UUCCCGCCGAGAGGUCCUACUACGGGACCCGCGCCGCCCGCCUUCGCAAACCACUUGUUGAAUCUUAUAGAGUUUUCAUAUCACAUUUGAUCCAAACUCGCUCGAGUCGAGUCGCGCGUGAACUCAAUACCUCAAUGUCCAUUUAUUUUCCGGCUUAGUUUUAUUUUAGUUUGUUUUGCUGUCAUUGUUUUGUGUCUUUCUAAAGUUGAGUUCCAGCGCAGCCUGUGAUGCCUACUCUUCACUUCCGCUCUGCCUUGUUAAUUUCACAUCUCCUGAAUACGCUUGAGUUAGUCUUCCUAGUGUUGUUGUUACGGACGACUCUUAUAGUAUCAUGAUGCUGCGUCCUCGCGGUUAACUUGUUGUAACUUUUGAAAUAUUUAAAAACUGUUGUUGAAUACUCGUAUCUGUGUUACCUGUUGACUACUGUACUUUACGAUAGAUAUAUGUAUCUGUUUCUGAAUUAAAUAAAUAUUUUACGUCGCAGUAAUAUCGUUGUAGUGUGAAGAGCUCCUGACCUAUGCCCGUGUGAUGCUGUCUACAGUCGUUUGAUUCAACAGCUGAAAGAUAUUUUGUAGUAAGAAGAGUAACGAGAAUUCGAAAAUCAUCAUUGGAAGUUAUUAUUGAUGCUGUUUCCGACAAUACCUUUGGAGGGGGACGGAAAAUUGGUGAUAUUUUUUAUGCAAAAUAUGUACAAAGUGUUUGAUGUGAUAUUAUAUGUGGGAUUCAGUCUCAGUUAGCGCCCUGCCCCCAAUGACCCGGCUUCCGACAUGCCUCAGUCCCCUUCACCUCGUCUACGUCAUUACAGGACAAUGACCGCAAUAUGUUUCGUUUGCAACCUCCCGAUACUGUCUCAUCAAGUGGGACUGGUGUGGGCUGGGGGCAACGGUUGGGACGAACUGACGAGGUCCACGUUAGAAGAGUCGACCCUCAGACAAAGACUUGGCAGCCGAAGAGACUCCGCUGCACAAGUUUCUUGCUUAUCCCCGCCCGAGCCCGACGCCGAUCAACCAAGGGGAGGACCACGUCGCCGUCGUUCAUCCUUGGCCCAACUCACAGACAUCUUACGCGAGUGGGGUGGAGGUGGCAGUGGACCCCGUCGCCAAAGGGCCCCUCUAUCUCGAAGAGAAACCCUAGCAGAUCUGGCACGGUCCCUACCUUGGGCACGCCACGAACCUCCCCCUCGACGCAGACGUGAUUCUUCUGCAGACUCUGGUAUCAAAUCCAUGGCUUCCAAACGUCGAGACUCUAAAGCUGCACCACAUGACUUUCGUGCCGAUUUCCCUAAUUUUUGGGAACGAAAAGAUUCUACUACUAUUUUACCAACACCAAGAGAACGGCGCAUCAAAAGGCGCGGAUCGGGUGAUGAUGAUAAAGGACGUAGGGACUCUGUAGAUGGGCAUCGGCAUCGACGUGACUCUAUAGUUGCUCCCCCACCGCGAAUAGUUGCAGCCCAAAGAAAACGGCGAGCAUCACCACCUAUUCCUGCUCCACCAUCUUUCGUAGAUGCCUCUUCAGAUGCUGGUCCAUCAAGCCAACCACCAUGUGUAACUAUAGUAGCAGUUCAUGAACCAAGUCGAUCAGAUGGUGAAUGCCAACCUAUGACGAUGCCUACAAUCAUAACAUCCGCUGUAACGCCUUCACCUACGUCUCCUACUACACCCAGUAAUGCUGCUCAAGCUGUACAGACAUCUCAAAGCACUCAGUCAGCACAAUCCACGCAAGCCACACCCGGUGGACGAACUCCACCUAAUUUAGGUGGUCGUCGGGAUUCCACAACACAGUGUGGAAGAGCAAGAAGAGACUCUCGUGCUGCAGCUAGUCCAGAAAGAAGACUAGGGAGGUUGCAACGUCAAGCUACAGCAUUUGAUGACCCAACCGGUCCACCAGGAACAAGACGUAGAGAUUCUGGACCAUCUUUAGGACCUGAUGAUGAAGGUAGGGCUAGAAGAGAUUCUUUAAGUCCUGAUUCAGCCGCACGUCCUAGAAGAGAGCGUUCACAAUUAAGCCCAGAUAGAGCAGGCGGUGGAGAGCUUAGCCCUUCAGCUGCUAGGCGGCGAGGUCGUCUAAGAAGACAAGCGUCAUGUGCCAGAGUAGGUCGAGCUCGAAGUCCAGAGUCGAGUUCAUGCUCGAGUCGUGAUCCAAGUCCAUGCGCUCGGCCACCCGAACGAACAAUCAUAAGACGUCAAUCUACUACAGAAGAGAUCUUGAUUGCUCGUGGAUUUAGAAGACAAUCAACGACGGAAGAAAUGAUUCGUUGUCGUAAUUUUAGGCGUCAAAGUUCCCAGAGUGAUGACGCGUGUAUGCGUGCACGUGGGCGUCGAGACUCUUCUACUCAAAUACUAGAUGGCACCAUAGGCACCAUGACUGUCGAGACAACCAGUACUUUUUUUGACUCCAGCACACAAACUGAGCCGUCCCCAUUGUACGACAACAAUCAUUACCACGAGGAAUGUCUUCGCUGCAACUCCUGCGGGUUGAAUCUCACCGGCCCCAACCAGAAACGGUCUCGCCGCUUCAAGAACCAGAUCUUGUGCGACCUGCAUUUUGCGGACGUCGCGCUGAUGGAGUGCAGUGACUUCAUGCAGCAACUACGCAGCUUCAAACCCCAAUCCUUGGGCUGCGCCGUCGCUAGGCGCAAGUCUUCCACCACGCUUAUAUUCCCGCUGCCACCGCAGGCAUGUUCAGAUGAGUUCUGCGAAGAAUACCCCCACAGCUUAAUUCCCACCCCUGGGUAUUGGAUCGAGUGUUCGCGUCAGAAAAUCACUACAGACACCAUCUGGGACGAGUCCGAAUCAGAACAUGACAGUGGACCGGAUAGAGAUGAUAAUGAUCGUCACAGAAGAUCUGGUUCCCUGGACGAAGCUGCGGAGGAUAGUAGCGACAACGGAGGUAGUACACCAAAAAAGAAAACGGUUAUCGAGGAGCAAUGGGAAAGAUCAGGUGGCUUCGAGCUCACCUCCGUGGAACAAGAGACUUACGAGAAGUAUUUCUACGGAACGGAGCAUUGGAAUUAUUUCACCAACGAUGAAGACCUGGGUCCUGUUAUAUUGUCCAUCAAACAAGAGACGCUUAAUGCCAGGGAUCAAUUCAGGAUCUUAGUCCGAGCUAUCAGCUACACUGUGCACGGCCUGAUCCCAGCUUCGUGUGUAUUCGCCGACCGAUACAAUCGUGAGGAGGUGGUUAGAUCCCUGGGCAAGGAGGUGAACAUCAACCCUCCUUUAAUGUUAGGCCAGCUGCCUGACACGCCCGAAGAACUGCUAAAACUUGACCAGGUGUUCAUAAAAUCUGAAUUGAAAGUUGGUGUCAUCUACGUCAAGGAGAGCCAGUACACUGAAGAAGAAAUUCUGGACAAUAACGAAAACUCGCCAAUGUUUGAUGAAUUUCUACAAGUGUUAGGGGAUAAAGUUCGACUUAAAGGUUUUGAUAAAUACAAAGGCGGUCUCGAUACGGUACACGAUCUGACGGGCCUCUAUUCAGUCUACACCAACUGGAGAGGUAUAGAGAUCAUGUUUCACGUCUCCACGCUCCUGCCUUAUGAAAGACACGACCCUCAAAAACUGCAGAGGAAACGUCAUAUAGGAAAUGAUAUAGUGUGCGUGGUAUUCUUAGAAGCUGAUAACACCGCCUUCUCGCCAGCCUGCAUAAAAAGCCAUUUCUUACAUACUUUUAUAUUAGUUAGGGUAUCAGCUAAAAUAAAACGAAGACCAACUAGAUACGAAGUGUCGGUGGUGACUCGCGACGAAGUUGGCGCGUAUAAGCCCUAUUUAUGGGAGCAAAGUGUCUUUGAUAAAGGACCUAUGUUCAGAGAAUGGCUGCUUACAAAGAUAGUGAAUGGAGAGAGAGCUUCAUACUCAGCGCCCAAAUUUGCCAGGAUGCAAGAAAGAACUCGCAGUCAAAUGCUAGAAGAUAUUGUAGCCAAUUUGCAAAAUCAUGCGGAAACGGGACAAAUACCCAAGCCCUACAGGAGAGGCUCAUGGCGUCCAAUAGGCCACAUGCGACCAUCAUCCCCUCUUUUGGACUCCGUUAGAGAUCAGUUUGAGGAUUAUGACCAACUUGCUAAAGACUUCACGCGAGUAUUCCUAAAUAACGAGCCAAACGCGGCACAGAAUGCACAAAUGUUCGACGUUGUCUUUUUGGUGGGACAGUCGAAGCAGAAGACCAAGUUCAUCGGAGUCCGGGCAAUAUUAGGCGUAAGAAGCAGAGUGUUUCAAGAAAUGCUGUAUGGCAUCCAGACUGGGUUCGGAUCACCACAAGUGCCAGUAGCAGAGCUGCUAGCGAGGCCGGCGCCGACGCUUCUCUCCCCCACCCCUGCUAGGCAGAAAAGCAGCAACUUCCUACAAGUCCCUGACAUCGAGUCCCCAAGACCGAAAAGUGUGCCUAGUUCGCCAAUGGUAAAACGCGCUUUUUCUCGGCUCGGUACACUGACAGCAGGCUGGGGCCGUUCUAUCCGUAAGCAACACUCACAACUCAACGCAGAAGACAAGAAAAAGUGGGCCAGCUCACAAGAUUGCUCUAACAAAGAAGGAAAAGAUAAAGACAAGGAUAAAAACGCUGCAUUAGCAGUACCGAGGUUGUCAGUGUGUGCCGACGCGCAGAAAGUCGACCGUGCCAAACUCGCACAGACUGAGUUUUCAAUAAUCGAAUUCGAUCCAGAGACAUUCCGAAUAUUACUGGACUACCUGCACACUGGUAGCUGUCCAUUGACGUGUGCCUCGAUACCUGGCCUUAUAUGCGCCGCGGAACAUUACGACUUACCUGAGCUACUUCAAGCUUGCUUCCAUCAUGCUAAGCAGUUUCUUAGGAUAGAUGUUGUUUGCACAAUGCUCAUAUCAUUAGAAAAUUAUUACUGGCGGUACACGUCAGCCUCGGAAUUGGUGAACAUGAUUCUGGCCUUUAUCGAGCAGCGAGCAUAUGCGCUCUUCCAAACGCCUGAAUUCCUCAAUUUAUCCGAAUCCAUGGUUCAAAUGAUCAUGUGCCGGAACCUUGAGGUGCCCGAAGUGAGAAAAUUCGAAGCCAUGCUUGGUUGGGCCAGAAACAAGAUCAAAUCAAAAUCCGCAAAUAAGACUGAUGCCAAAAAUGAAUUUAAAUGCAUUAUGGAGAGGUUAGCUAGGGACUUGAAACUGUAUAGAAUCACACCGCAGGAAUUGAUAAAAGUGGUUCUCCCAUCGAAAGCCAUCAAGAAUGAAAGGAUCCUAGAGACGCUGAUGUACCAGGCGAACUCAGGGAUGUACAGGAUUCAGGACAGUGACAUAGAGGCCUGCCAACAACGGCUACUGCAGAAACAGGACUCGAGAUUCUCUGAAUUCGAAAGCUUCGACUACGGUAUAUAAACUUGGAGCUGUGAGGAUUAUCAGUGUAUUAGAUAGAUUACAAGAGAGUGUUUGGGCUGGGUCCUUCUUAAAAUGUGGUAUGUUGACGCCUUCUAAAGUAUUAUUGUUAUAGAUGUAUGUACUUGAGUAGAGGUACGAGAAAUAUUUGUACAAUUCUCGGAUACCUAUUCCUUGUUGUUGUUCAUUGAUACCUAUAUUUUUUACAUCUAACUAGAUGUGUUCAACAUAAUCAUCUCUAUUUUUGGUACCAAGAGAAAUAAGAUAAUACGUACUUAGUCUGACAGUUGAAUAACCUAUUGAAAUAGUGUAUCAAAUAAAAUUUGUGUCCUUUCUAUAUUUUGAAAUUAUUUGGGGGUUUACGUUAAUAUAAUUACAUAUCUUUAUUGUAAUUAUGUGUUCUCCAAGACACCUGCUCCCUCCACCACUUCUCAUUAUUCAUCGAGCACGGUCAUAUCAUAGGUUCAGGUGUUCUCUGAUCAAAUAAAUUGUUAAUUACCUACUUUGUUACAUGAAUCACCUGCUAAUCAGCCAAAUCUAUGAAAUAUUGUUUUAAAAGAGUUACUGAUAUUUAAAUAUAACUAUAGAUGUGUGGAAAAAUAAUAACAACAUAAAUUAAAAUGUAUAUUAAAAAUUAUAAACCAAAACAAAAUGUGAUAAUAUAACUCCGUUUCAUAUAUGACGGGAUGGAUUGUUGGCACAUUCUUGAAGACUAAUUUUAAGAGUUGUCGUAAAUUUGAUAUAUAAAAUAAAUACAAAUAAUUAUAUAAAUAAAUAUUAAAUAUAAAAUUUUAAAUAAAAACAACGUGAUUCCUAAAGGAAACUCAUUAUUAAAUAGUGAAUUACCUUUAAUAACGUUGUAUUUUCAUCAUUCACACAUUCUGUCGUAUUUGAAACGAAGUAUGUAGCUAUAUACUUUAAACCUUAUUUUAAUUUUGUUACUCUAAACGUUAUCAUCUUCAGUGAUAUCUAUUUUUUUUCUUCUGUAUGAUUUUUAUCAAAACCUUCUCUCAUCGUUCCUCAGAUUCACGCCAUCAUAACACUAUAUUAAUAAAAUGAUGAUUAUGUGUAGACGACUUGUAGAAAUGACUGAUUCUAAAAUCUGUUGAAUGGAGUCAUCCUUAUACAUAUUUAUAAACUUCAAUGAUUUAACUACUGACUUAGGCUACAGUUAUCUGUAAAGCUAAGGUGUAAUAUUUAUACUUAUUAGUCAUUGAUAUAUAAAAUAAUCAAGAUUCAUAAUCUCAUAUAAAAAUUAUAUUAAAAAAAAAGGUUCCAAAUUUAAAUUGAAAAAAUUUUUAAUUUACAUUUAAACAAAAUUAGUAAGAAUGUUUUGACAUGUUUGGCUAAAAUGGAUAUACACUGUAUUGUUAUGAAUUCAAAAUUUAAUCAAACGCACUCUAUUUGCAAAGCCGUUUUUUUUUUAAUAUUAAUUAUGAAUCUAAGGUUUUUUAUAUAUCAGUGUUUGUAGUUAGAUAAUUUAUUUGUAGAAUAAAUGAAACAUUAAACUCCCGUUACUUAAAAUAUCUAAUAUCGUCAUAGUUAAUGCUUUAAUAACUUCUUCAUAUGUCGUUAUUUUAAUAUUAUUAUUUUAGCCGCUAAUAAGUUGAGCACCAUACCUCUUAUUUUUAACGCAAACACAAAAUACACACUAAAGUGUAUUGUGUACAUAAAAUGUUUCGUAUUUCAACCUUUUUGUUGUAAGUAAUUUUUUCUAAUCCGUUAACGUUAUUACGUGCAUUGGCCAUAAUUUCUUUUCUAAAUUUUGCAAAUCGCACAAAUUCUAAUUUACAAAAUAUGGCAUUUAAAAUCUCUUCCUUUUUUAUACAAGUGAUCAAUACAAUUUUUUUCUUUUUUGUAAGAAUCAGUACAUUCAGUGGCGUAACAACAGGGUGGCAGAGCUGACAAAAUACCACUUGAAUAGUAUUUUUUUUUUACUGAUAGUGCCCCAUCAAAAGAAUUUGCCACAGGCCCCAAACGGUAUAGUUACGCCACUGAGUACAUUUUUAAUUUUGAUCAUCAUUACAACCAGAUCUUCAAUUAAUGCGGCAAAGACAGCCGAGCGAAUAACUAUCAGAUGGAGAGGAUUCCUAUUUUAAAUUAGUUUAUUUUUAUACUACAGAAAUUAUGUAUACAAACCUAAAAAGAUAUCUAAAUGACAAUGAAAAGCAUUUAAAAUCUAUAACAUAGUUUAGAACAAGUAAAAGGAAAAAUAGACGUGUACAACGACUUUAUUUCAUAUUAUUCGAAGUUAAUCAAAACUGCUUUUUAUGAUUUGCAAUUAAAGUUUAAAUUACAUAUUCGGGUUUAAAUUUGACUAACAUUAUAUUCUGUUUUUAUUUUAAUAUAAGCAAUAAGCACAUAAUGGUUACAUUUCAAUUUUAUUUUUUUACAAUAAUAUACUACAUUUAGUUUCACAUUCCUGAGAAUUCUCUCCUCUCUCUACUGAGAAGUCUAAAUUCUCAUUAAAAAUAAACAGCUGUAUUUAAAACAACUACAAGACGGUCUCACUUCUCGCAUAUAUGCGUAAUUGCUCUUAUUAUAUGAUCAGGCACUUCUAAAAUUAAAUAAUUCCUUCUAUCUACGAAACUUGUAUUUUCAAUUUAAGAGUAAUCUAAGAAAUAAUAUAAUCUAGUAAAAAACAUUUUUUAAUUUUCUAUUUGAACGAACAGAUUAAGUACAAAAAUAAUGAAAUGUUAAAAUAUCUACAUCUGGUUACUCGCAUAAAAACAUUAAAUCAAUAGGUAGAUAAGUGCUUAGUUGGUACUAUCAAGUAUUGUGUUAUUUAGUCUUUUUUUAAUUUUUUUUAGUAUAACUCUAAUGUUAAAAAUACCAGUUUUUAACAUCAUUACAUAUCAAGUUAUGAAAAACAGCACAAACGUAGAAUUCACAUUUUCUAUUCGUAUUUUCUGUCUUUGUAUGUUACUAUAGUAUACCUCAUUUACAAAAAUAUACCUGAAAAGUUGAAAGUUGAGGAAAUUGCUAAUCUAUUCUAGUAUUGAUAUUCAAAGUCCAUUAUUUUCAUCUCUCGUUCUCUAUUCCGAUUAAAAAAAAAUUCACUUAAUACUUUUUUGUAUACACUUACAUCCAUUAAAAUGUAUUUGAUAUAUUGCAGGCAUUCAUAGACUAUAGUAAUCACUUACCAUCAGACGAGCCGUAUACUUGUUUGCAACCUCAAUGGUAAAAUAAUUUCAGAUUUUAAUUGAAAAAACAACAAAUAUGGAAAAAAUUUGCAAGCUUUGGAUAUUUAUUGGUACAGUGACGCAUAACACCAUGUGAAAUAUGUAGUUUCUACUUUUCGCAUGCUUUCUUAUUAAAAAAAAAGAAUUUGAAAUUAAACAAUAAUUUCACCGAUAUAAAGUAGGUGCAAUUUAUUUCAUGCAAGGUUUGUUAUGGAAUAGAUAGUGAAUCGAAUAAUAAAAGGACACACCUCUUCUUACCACAGAUAAAAAAAUAAUUUAAAUAAGGUUUAUUGAAGUUCAAAUGUUUUUGUGAAACAAUUAAUCCAAUUCUUUAUUUCCAAGAUAUACGUAAUAUUAUGAUGAAAUGCAAAAUUUUACAAAAUUUAAAAGAUUUGGUUAACAUUUGAGUUAUAUCAUAAUUCAAAGUAAACUCGAUAACUUUAAAAUUUAUAAUCCAUUACAUCUAAUUAAUAUUAUUACAUUGUUAUUAAUAUUUCUUUCGAAUUGUUGCUAAUAUUUUUUUUUUAU